AUGCUCGAGGCUGUCCUCGCACACCCUGACAACGAGCCGGAGAAGGCCCUCCAGAAGACGCUCAAGGCGGAAAUCGAGGCGCAGAAGAAGGUUGUGCUGAAGAUGGCCGACGACGUGGAGGCUGAUCUUGAGGCCCCCGAGGCAUUGGACAUCGCCAAGGAAGACAUCUUGCUGUCCAAGAUGGACCAAGAGAGAGAGAGAGUUAACCAGGAGAUGAAGGCGGCAGCGGCCAAGUUCCUGGAGGAGGAGGCGAGGGUCAAGGCGGACAAGGAGGAGAAGAUGACGAAGUUCAGGGAUUCAGCCUGUGACGCCGCGGCAAGGACCAUACAGCAGAUGUACUACGUCUUCAGUGCUACACGCAUCACCCAGAAGAGGGCGAAGGAGGUCUACACCAAGCACUUCGACUCCGAAAACCUGGCCUUCUACUGGCACAACACGCUCAUUGACACCUAUCUGUGGGAGAAGCCAACUGGACUCGGGGGCUGGGACGUGGACCCUGAAGACCGAUGGGAAGUUAUCCCGGGUUCGUACAACCUUCACUACUACUUCAAUCCCAAGAGUUACACGAUGCAGUGGUCCCAGCCUGCCGGCACCGUCAUUUGCAAGGAGUGCGAUCUUCAGUUCAGCACGCGUUGGCGCAACCGAGACUCGACGCCAUUCUGCGAUACCUGCUACGACGCGCGGCACUUCUCGAAAGAAAACCCGUCUACAGGGCCGUUGUCGUACAAGACACUGGACGGUGCAGUGCCCGGCUCGAAAGACCUCGUAGACUUCGACUACAUCUCCGAGCAGCCCGACAUCGCGGUAGAGACGUGGGAGCAACAGCCAAGCUCCUUAGCCAUCGAGGGACAGCCGGUUGUGCCGAUACCGGAGGCGCCGGAAGCAUCGGCUCUCGACGAUGCCGGUGCUUCCGGUAGUGAUGGCGGCAGUCAGUACGCGGUACAGCACUAUGUUGCCGGGACAAGCGACAUCGUGGGGUACGGGCGUUCGGACGACGAACCACAGCCGGCUGGUGUGCGCGACGAGGCUGACGGGGGCACCGGCGAAUCAGAGAUGGAGGAGUACCUGGAUUCACAGCAGACCUUUACGUACGACAAUCCGUCAGAAGGCAUCCUAAACGCAGAGCAAACAGUAGACGUCGGUGGGAAUGACAACAGCCUCAAUACCCCAAAUGGGGCCCUCCCAGAGGGGAGUGAUAGCAGCACCCGAGGUGUUGCUGGCGGAUCGAGCGAUGUCGCGUGGGAAAAAAAGAAAGAAGGCGCCAAAGCCAGCGCUAGCGGCGUCGGUGCAGCGAGUUUUGCUCCAGAAACUUGGGGGUGGGCGACGCCAGGUUCAGCCUCGUCGGAUGACGGCGGCCGUGUAGAACGUGCCAACAGUAGUGGAGAAUUCCAUGACGGGGUGAUGGACUGCCCGGCGACAGGACCACUCCCCGCGGGCUUCGGGGAGAAGGCAGCGACGAACAACGGUAGUGUUGGACUUGGGGGGGGCGAGGCUGCUUCGAUUGCCGGGAUGGAGGGUUUGGUGAAAGCAGAGGCCGGCGAGUAUGAUCCCUCCACGCCGUCGUAUGGGUUGGACGAGUAG